AUGUCUUCAGCCAAUUCUUCCAACGGACCUAAAUCCCAGGAUGCAAUGUCAGUCUCCGAAAUCAAGGCAAAGGCCAAGGAGGCCGUUCAGAAGGAAGGUCGUCGAGCGUCUGCUAUGUCACUCAUCAAAACCGCCCGGGCCCAACUGCAGAAUGCCAAAGACUUUGAGGUCAAGGGCGACCUGAAGAGUGCUCUGGCAUCCUUUAUCAAGACUGCGAGCUUAAUGAAGAUGGCCAUGGAUUCCCCAGAGUUCUCCCAAUUACCCAUUCGCGAGGCGUGGAAUGACCUGGUCACAGGCGACUGCAAGGACUUGACGCAACGGACGAGGGCGGUGGAGGAGAAAUUAAAGGCGAUCGAAAAGCAGGCGGCCGACGCUGCUCAGAACGAUGGUCCUGAAAUCAAGGCUGGUGGUUCAAUAGCUGAACGAGUACGAGCUCUUCAAGAUAGUGGAUUGUCGGUAGGAACUGCGAAGCGAUUCUCACGCGAAGUAGCGAAUCUACCAACGCCUCCCACCUCCCCGUCCCGCAUCACAACAGCUAACUCGAACCCAGUAAUCUCCUCAAUUGUCCCGCCAACACCUGUCUCUCCCUCCCCGCAUACCCUGGUUUCGCCCUCAAGCUUCGGUCCGCCAUCACCGUCUUCGUCCCCGUCCUCUUCGCCGCAGUUUGACAUUCAGGGCUUCUCGCAGACAUUCCCUUCAAUCGAUGAAUUGGACGAACAUCCAGCUUUCUCACUUCCGUCCGUACCCACAGGCAUCAAUGGAGAAAUACACAAGCCUACGCCGAAGCCCCUUGCUAACGGCGAUGCUGGGCCCUCACCCUUGACAUCAUUUCGGAACUACGCAGUACACAUUGAGAGGCCGUCCAGUACACCUAUUCCACCAAUCGGCAAUUCCUUCGCAAGUCGACCUGGCUCUCCAUCUCGAUCUCCCUUCAAGCCGUCCAACCUAACAUCAUCCUCAACUCCCAAAAUCCAAAUUCCCAAUACUAAUUCAGCCCUGCCCAAGGACCUUUUAAAUUAUAUCCGCGAGUACAACGUCUUGUUAAUCGACGUUCGCAAUCGAGAGGAUUUUGACAAGGAGCAUAUCAAGGCCUCUGCCGUCAUCUGUGUUGAGCCUACCAUUCUGAAACGGGAACAUGUCAACGCAGAUUCUAUUGAGGAUGCCAUGGUUAUCGCUCCCCGCGGUGAAAGCAGUCUGUUCGAGAACCGUGACAAGUUUGAUCUCGUCGCAGUUUACGACCAGUCGUCCAAGUCCUUCGGCGAUGCAAACAGUCCCCUCUCCAUCCUCGUUCGGAUCAUCAGCGAACAAGCUUUCAAGAAGAUGCUGAAGCGGAUGCCCAUGAUGCUCAUUGGUGGCAUAGACGCUUGGAAGCGGGACCUGGGUGGGGCUGAGCUGGUCAAGGGUGAAUCGGCACCGAUAGAUGUCCCGCGAACUAAUUCCGGCGCGCCAGCAUCGAGCGCACCUGGUUCCACGGAAGCGCCGAAGGCAGCAUCGCCUUCAAGUCCGAACCCCAACAACCCGUUCACCAGCCCCAUGUUUAGCGCUUAUGCCGCGGGUGCACUCCCCAGUACUUCUCCCGAUCCGCAUCAAGUCUGGACGCCUCGACCGAGCUUGAACGGCCAUGUACCAUCGUUCUCAUUAGACACUUCUGCACAUUCAAGGUCUCCGGCCGACCACUCUCCUUCCCUACAGAAUGGCACAUCCAAUUUGACACGCCGCCCAGCUAUGGUGCGACCAGCAUCAAGCUCGAUAUCCUUGUCCCGGAGCAGAUCUGACCUUCCGAUAUCACCACUUGCUGCUCCUCAACUCAAUGGUCAUUCUUCAGGACCAAUAUCAUACCCCUCAUUUCCUCGUCGUAUAUCCCCAACCGCUUCUGGUUCAGCACCUCCAACUUCUUUCCAACCUCCGCCCGCAUUCGAUAUUGCAUCACCCCCACAAGCAUCCAUCAACCCAUCCACACUCUCGCGUAGACGCAGCGAUUAUGUUGACCAGUCACAAGAAGCCCUUUCUGCGCUCCAAGCACGUAGUCCCAUUGACUAUCCCGAGCUGUCAAACCAAAUCCUUCGACCUCCACCUUUGGCAGCUGCUCCUGGUCUUGACAGGCAAGACAACCGACCAAGAGUGCAACAUGCUACCUCGCCUUUCUCUGCCAACUCGAUGUUGCAAGCACCCAAAGCUCCGCGCAUAAACUCGGACUAUCCGCCUACCUAUUGGACGGAUGUGCAGAUUGGGACGUCAGGAUUGAAGAACUUGGGGAACACAUGUUAUAUGAAUGCGCCGAUACAGUGUCUGAGUGCGACUGUGCCGUUUGCGCGGUUCUUCACUGAGGGCCGGUGGAAGACUGCCAUCAAUUAUACAAAUUCCCUUGGGUCUCAGGGUAGGCUAGUGCAGGCGUUUGCCAAACUGGUACACGAGAUGUGGGGAGGUGACCUUCCAUAUCUCACACCGAUGGAUUUUAGGAAAUCCAUCUGCCAACUGAACCAACAAUACAUCGGCUCCGACCAGCAUGAUUCCCAAGAAUUCCUCAGCUUCUUGUUAGAUGGGGUUCACGAAGACUUGAACCGGGUGAUGGUAAAGCCCAAGAUUGUCGUCACACCGGAACAGGAGGCAGAGUUGGAGAGGUUGCCGCCGAUGAUUGCGAGUGAUAGGGAAUGGAGGAAUUGGAAAGCGAGGAAUGAUAGCAUUAUCGUUGAUUUCUUCCAGGGACAGUUUAGGAGUCGGUUACAGUGUUUGACUUGUGAGAAGACUUCGACGACGUAUAAUGUUUUCUCCAUUCUUCAAGUUCCGAUUCCGAAUAGUCGAAGUUCGAAGGUGCCACUGCAACGUUGUUUGGACGCGUUGUUUAAUGAGGAGGUGUUGGAGAAGGAUGAUGCUUGGGAUUGUCCUCAAUGCAAGACCAAGCGAAGAGCGUCCAAGACCCUUUCCCUCGCCCGCUUACCGCCCAUCCUCCUCAUCCACCUCAAGCGCUUCGAAGCCAACGGCAGGUUCUCUGACAAAAUUGACACCUUUGUCGAAUUCCCUAUGAAGUCGCUCGAUCUUACGAAUUACAUGCCUCCGCCACUCCCUCCUGGUGCUGAUAAAUCCGAGAUUAACGGCGGAGUACCCAUGUCACUUGAGGACCCGCGUACACAGGUCCCUCCCUACAAGUACGAUCUGUACGGCGUGACCAACCAUUAUGGCAACCUGAGCAGUGGCCAUUAUACCGCAUACAUCGCCUCCCGCGGAGGGUGGAUGCUCUGUGACGACAGCAGCGUCAAACCCAUUGAUCCAAGACAGGUCGUGAACCAAAAGGCGUAUGUCCUUUUCUACAAGAGAGUUCGCGCGUAA